AUGGUGGCAGAUUCGGAGUUUGUUCAGCAACGCACCCAGGAGGAGCUCGCGGACAACACCCAAAACGGGACUGCUUUUGGCGAAUCAGAACUGGCCGCAACUCAGAAAGAGCAACCGCCGAUCGGCGGCCGGCCACGCGGGGUAAUCAAGCUCGCCUACGAGGCGUUCGGUCUGAAGAAGCCGGAUGAGCGGAAACGGAGACCGAAAAUGGCCAAGGGCGAUGAAACCAAGCCCCGCGUCAAGCACUCGAACUACUCGCUCGCGUCGGCCGUCGGCCGCUCUUCGGUCGACGAACAGCGGGACGCGGCGGCCAAGCGCGAAGCCAAGGACGCGCCGACUACGCCGAACACGUCGGCGCGCAAAAAUAAGUGGACCCCCGGCAAAUGCCACGACUGUCAAUACCCACACCAAGACCAUCCCAACCUCUGUGACGCCCUCUUCCACGACAAAUACUACCAAAAAGGCCAUCCAAAAGCCGAAAAGGAAGGGGGGUAUCUGCGGCUGCUGCGCCUCGUGACGCCGGCCGUCCACAUCAAU